AUGCGACUUUUCUUUCUGCUGCUGCUCCUUGGAGUCCACGCCAAGGUCAACUUUUACUACACCUUCUCGUUUGAAGAAACUAUUUUCACCAACUACUUGGAUAUCAAAUGCGGCGUUACCAUUUACUCUGAUACCGCCGAUAGUUCCAUUUAUCAAUUCACAAUUUCGAACUAUUCGCCCAAAGUGCUGAGUUUAUUUGUCAACAGCACAGAGUAAGUGAAAUUUCGAAGUCUUUCUCCGUAGGAACUUAAAGUCGAUUCAGGAAAGUAAGCGAUAGGUAAUAUCAUCGAUUAAAUAGUUUUGUACGUACAAAAUUAAAAACGAUUUCUACAUAUGCAGUAUGGGCGGGAGAGCUUCGGCGACUAGUGAAAAGUUUAUUCGAAGUCUAAUUUUCUGAAAAUAUAAUAUUUCAUUAAGGUUUCCGAUUUUUUUUAAAAACAAAACUUUGUUCUCAACAACCUAUCCAACAUAAAAACCCUUUUCAGCUGUUCAUUACCUUCUUUUCCUUGUAGCAAAAUGUCUCUAGAGAAUAAAGACUAUCUGUACGUCUACCUCUACCGUGACGACUACGUAAGUUGCGAAUAAACAGGAAAAAUUCCAAUUUUGAAUGUCCCAGGUGAUGACAGUGAUUUCAUUCCAAAGUCAGGGAUCGAACCAGGAACCCCUGCUCAAAAUUGUCGGAAUCCCGGAAUAUGUCGCGCAAGGCGAUUGUUUUUCCACUUGCGAAACUACCUACGACGGAACGAAUCCCUUACAACCGCCUUACAACGAUUCUUUAUGCGUUUGCGGUGUGCAAUCUACCUACUGUCAUAAGGAUGAUAACAAGCCACCCUGGUAGGUGUGAAAAAAAACCUAUUAAAAAGCAAAUAUGAAAAACAAGCGAAAAGAAAGACGAAGAUGUGCGCUCCACUGAUAACUUUUCAAAGUUCAUUGCCUAGUUUUUGUCUGCUUUUUUGGGGUUUCCUUCACAAAUUUUUAAGAAUUAACUUUAAAAAACAUUGGUUUUUUUUUUCAAUUCUGUUCAGAGAAAUUCUUUUUUUAUUAGGUCAUAUCAAAUAUUGAAGGGAUUGGAAAAGCAUCAACUCAAAUAAUCAAUCUGUCGACGUUAUCCGUGGAGCGCACAAGAAGGCGAUAUAUACGCCAAAUAGGAGCGGGAUUUUCGAUGAUCCUCUUUGGUAUUUUUUCUUUGACUCUUUGUUUUGAACUCAUUUUUUGAAAACUCGUUCAGUUUUUUUCUGUAUUGAUAUUGAAUUGAAAAAUUUACUUUUCAGCCCUGAUCUUCACUGGUGGAGGCCGAAAAAUGCUCCCACGACCACCAAUGAACCGACAACGUCCCCUCGGCCCACUUCACCUGAAGUCACAACGACCAAAGGGAUAAACACCACGCAAGCUCCUACCACGACGCCCAUUUUGACGACUUCAACAUUGCCUACAACAGAGCCAACUACUUCAGCUCUCCAUACGACAACGCCUGAACCAACCUCUUCUACAAUCAUGACGACUUCUACAAUCAUGACAACUUCAACGAUCCUGACUAGUUCAACGAUCCUGACUACGUCAACGUUUCCAAUAACUUCUUCAACUUUUUCAACUUCUACUACGAUAUUAAGCACUUCAACUCCGAAACCAACGACAGAAGUUACAACCCCGGUCAGGUAUUUUCAGCUUUCAUUCAGAAAGCACUUCAAACUUCAGGACAACGCAUGUAAAAAAAACUUCUCACACAACAACUUUCACUACGUUGACUCCAACUUUCCCGACUUUGAAAAGCUUGAGCGAGGUCCGCUUUCUCGAUAUUUCUCAACUCUAUAUGAAACUUCAGAGCGGAGUCGGCUUGAAUAACGUCUCAACCAUCUUGAAUGAAACUCUCUGUUAUUCCAGUCUGGGUCCUGAUCUCAACUCCACACAAAUCUCUCAAAUAACGACAAUUCUUCAAAAUUCAGCAAAUCUCCGAGGAAUAUCCUCACAGGUGAGAGGUGAGCAUCUUCAACGUGAAGAUUAUACAUAAGAGUUGAAAAAGUUAAUUUUGAGACAUUUAGGACUCAUAUAAAAUUCUUCAAAAUAUGGACAACGUCAUGUAUGCCGACACUAACCAAAUAAGGCAGAGUGGAAAUUCGGAUAAAAGGUACAGAAUCAUGCGAAUCAGGAAUUCUAAAAGUUCAUAGAUUAUUAUUGUUGUUACCUAAAAUGGUGGACAACACAGCCGAUGAGCGGAUUGAAUAUUUAGAAGGGGCCAAUCUGGGAUUUUCUUCCAAAAGACUCAACUGUUCUGUAGGUAUCACCUUCAGACACUUUUUACUUGAACCAAAAUAUUGAAGGAGACCCAGAGAGAUGAUGGAAUCAUGGAUCUUGGGAAUCAGUUCAAUCUGAUCAACAUGUCUACCAGCUACACAAAGCUGAACUCGAUAUUGAUACCCUUGAGUGAUUUAUGUGGAACGCAGCAGAGUUAGUCAUCGCAAUUAAUGUUAAAAAGAAGAAACUAAUUAGUUCAGUUUCUCACACAUUCUUCACAAUUUAUCGAGAUCGUAAGCUGUUCCUUGGGCCUCAACUAUUGAGAAACUACACAAAAAGGCAGCCUCCGAUAUCCGGGAGGUCAGACAUUUCCAGUAGCUCUUUCUGGUUGAAACCUUCUAAAGACGAUGAUUCAGACCGUGAGUUUCAGUGGUAACAAAAAAAGGAUUAUUUCUCUUCUUGUAGCUUUUGAGGCGCCGUCUCCCUGUGUGCAGCAAGUUUCACUAACAGAGGAAUCUCCCGUGAUGAGCGCUACAAUUUUGAACGACGGGCAGCAAAUCCACGCCGCUUCAACAGAAGCAACGAUGGCCGUUCUCCGAUUUGACGUCUCCAAAGUUUUCAGAAAAAUAGAAAUAAACUAUAUUUCAUUCAUUUCAGCUUCAAAACCCUCUUCACGGAACUUUUCGAGUGACUUGGUGGGAUAUUGAGAAGGAUACUUGGGCCGUGAAUCAGCCUUGUACUAUCAUAUCAGUCAAAGAUGGGAUUCUGGAAGCACGAUGCAUUCAUUUGACCGACUUCACACUCAUCGUGGUUGGUCUUUUUCUUGGUUUCUCUCAUGAUAUCCUUAGGAUGGCGCUCUUGACGACCCGAUCGUCUGCGACAGCGCCUUGGAAGGAGUUGGACUCGCGGUUAAUGUCAUCUCUAUCAUUUCACUAGCCUUUCUGUGUCUUAUAAGCUUCGGAGCUUAGUAAGUCUAACAAGUUGAUAGUUGGAAAAACAAUAUUUCUACAGCGUCAAGUCGUUUUCAAGAACCAACUUCUACCGUUUCCUUCAUGGAAAUACUCUUUCGAAGCACGACAUUAUAUCCACCGCCUAUAAUUUGGACAUGCUGACGUUCUACAUUUUCUUCGCUUUCUUUUCGAGUGAAUCGGUCGCCGGGGCAGCUUGUAGCUAUUUCGCGGCCAUCUUGUAUUCUCUACUGAUUGGGUAAGAAAUCUCCGUACUUCUGGCUAGACAUCAAAAACAUUUACCCUCAGUUUAACCUAUUACAUUUCAGCUCGAUAUUCCUGACAGUAUAUCAAGGUCUAAGGGUGAUCCGUCCUUUUGUUCCCGUCAGAAUUCAACCUGCCUUCACAGCUCUAAUAGCUCCACCCGCAGUUGUUGCAGUGAGCACAAGUUCGAAAAAGUUUAUGUUCACUCAAUCAAAAAAUUUUUCUCAGUUCUACCAGUCCUUCUCUCCUUGCUUUUGUUGAUCUUCACCAACUUCUUCGACCGCAACGACGGCUUCUGUUGGGUCAGACCAGACUACGUCGUCUACGCGAUCGUCGUCCCGAUCAGCAUUCUCCUUAUAAACGGAAUUAUCUGCACUACUUUCCUCGUUUACAAACUUUUCGUUACUAGAACGAGAAAGUUCAGUAAAAUAGUGAGAAAAAUAUUGCAAAAUGAAUAUAUGAUACUUCUUUUCAGUUGAAUCACCAACAUGAUCCACAUAUCAAGUCAAAGAUUAUUUCCAUGUUUUGUUUGCAAAUCUCGUUGGGAAUGCCAUGGGUCAACUUCUUAUGAUCUCAAAAAUCAACUUUUCUGAUUACAGGUUCUGCAAUACUUCACUUUAAAUUGGCCACACACAACUGCAUGGCAUUAUAUUUUUUCUGUCAUAGUCGGAUCUCAAGGAACUAUGCACAUUCUGGUCUACUACUAUAUGAGACGAAAACGAGUCCAGGAUUCUCAGAGGGAAUCGCGAUUCACGGACAAAAGCAGCACCAGAAAAAGAAACGCUACCAAAGAAGAAAACCUCAGUUCCGAGGACAGUGCAAACAAGUAAUCGAUGAAAUUUGAUUUGAAACCUGAUUGGGACAAAAAAAAAACAUAAAACAACAUUUUUCAAUUUUUUUUUUGUCCCAAGUCAGUGUUGAAUAUGAAAAAUUGAUCAUGUUGAACGGGUAUAUUGAGAUGUUCUCUAAUAAAUUUUCUAAAGUUGUUGAAAAAAAUCUGAAAACAAAUAUAAGAAAUGCAUGAAACAGUUUUUUUAAAUAGAAUUAACUGAGCUGAUGCGGCUUUUUUUCUAAUCCUAAGCCGUGUUCAAAAUAAUUUCCUUGAAAUGCACAAAUGUCUCAGACUCUCCAAAUUUUAGGUAUCUUUCUUUUUCUCUGACGCUAAUUUCAUAUUUCGCGAAAUGACUUUUAACUCGGUAUCAUACUUCUAGCGAAAUCCCAACUGUUGUCACAAUUUCGUGAUAUUGCCUCAUAGAGGUUUGAAAAAAGCCAGUGAUAAUUUAUAUUACGCGAAAAGGAUAAACUAGACUUCAAAUCAGUUUUUUGAUUUACAUUUUAAAAAUUCAAGAUAAAAACUCUAUAGGAAUAAUCAAUAUGACGACUUAAACAUUGGAAUUCGGAAAAAAAAAAACUAAACAACGAGAAAGAAAAGAAACGAUAAGGAAACUUUUAAAUGAGAUAAGGAUAAACAGAAGGCUGCGGGGUGCUAAAAACGUUAUCAGUAUCGUUUUGACAGUCCACGAUGCGACUCUCCCUGCUCUUUCUCCUAGUGACCUACGUCAAAGCACAGCUGUACUACAGCUUUUUAUUCGAGGAAACUUCCUUCACCACGAAUUCGAGUAUAAUUGUCGAGAUCUAUGUUAAUCUUGGCGAUGACGGCGCUUCCACUUAUCAGUUCAUUAUCUUCAAUUUCUCUCCAGAUGUCCUCAGUUUAUCCGUCAACGAGACAGAGUGAGUGAAAAAUUUUAAUAUUUUAUAUAUUUAUUCGUAUAUUGAAAGUAAAGGCCGCUUCAACGUUGAAUAUGAGAAACUGUUUUUCAAGUUUGGUUUGAAGCUUUCUAAUAAUAUCUUUUUUUAUAAGAUGGGUAAUCAAUCUUGCAAAUUUCUCCAUUUUUUUGAUAAGUUUGAUUAGAGUUUUUUUGAUUUGCUGGUUCUUUUGAAAUAAGUCGUUUCCUGUUUUGUUUCUGGCCUAUUUGAUAUUUUAUCUCCAAAAGGGAUACCCUACUGAACCAUCUAUUAUUGUCAACCUCUCAGAACUAUCGCCCAUGAAAUAAUGUCGUAAUAACUCGUAUUUUUUGAAAUGUGAAAUUAAAACUUGAUUUUUAAAGUAUCCCGAAUACUUUUCAGUCAGUACUUCAGGUCUGGAUGGUUUCUAUUUUCAGCUGCUCCCUGCCUUCCCUUCCUUGUAGUGACAUGUUGUUGAUGAACCAAGACUAUUUUUACAUCUACCUCUACCGAGAUCGAUACGUAAACACAAGAAGCUUUGAAGGAUACGAGAUUCCGUAUAGUUAAGGUGAUGGACGUGAUGUCGUUCCAGAGCCAGGGAUCGAAGGAAGAACCCUUGAUAACAGUUGCUGGACAACCAGAAACAAUCCUUCCAAACCAAAUUUUCCCAAUUUGUGAGGUUACCUACAUGGGAUCCGCUCCUGGGCAGCCUCCCUUCAACGACUCUUUAUGCGUUUGCCGUAUUGAGAAUCUUUACUGCCAAAAUGGACAGCAUCCUGUUUGGUAAGUACUGAGUUGGUUAUUGAAAAAAAAAAUUAGCAUUCAAAAAGGAAAGGAAACCGUAACAAAGGCUAGAUAAUAACAGAAAGGAUGCUGAGUUUUUGACCAUUUUUCAAAAUCUAAAUGGAGCUAGAAUUAUAAUAUCUUAAAAAAUAAGAGGAAGCUUCUGAUUAAAUUUUUCUUUUUUUUUCAGUUAGUAUUUCUUAAUGCUCUUAAUUCAAUAAUUAAAUAAAUCGAAAAUUAUUCAGAAUUUUUGAACCGAGUUUUUAGUCCUGAACUAAAUUGGUGGAAGCCAAACUACCUCCCCACAACUACGAACGACCUAACGACGACAUUUCAGUCAACUUCAGCUCAAUCUACCUCUACUAAGGAAAUAACUACUACACAGUCCUCAACAAAAACCUUUUUAUUGACCAUCUUGAACUUUAAGGACAACACCUUCAACAGGAACUUCUCAGACGACAGCUUUUACUACGUCGACCCCAGCCAUUCCAACUUUGAAAAACCUCAGCGACGUGCGUUUUUGAUGAUUUUUCUUCAACUCUUCAAAGUUUCAGAGCGCAGUUGGCUUGAAUAACGUUUCAACUGUCCUAAAUGAAGCGAUCUAUUAUUCCAGUCUGGGUCCUGAUCUUAACUCCACGGAAAUUUCUCAAAUAACGACAAUUCUUCAAAAAUCAGCGAAUCUCCGAGGAAUAUCCUCACAGGUGAGAGGUGAGCGUCUUCAAUGAGAAGAUAUUACAUGACAUUGAUAUAAAUUCAUUUUUGAAUUCUCUCAUUUAGGAUUCAUACAAAAUCCUUCAAAACAUGGACAACGUUAUGUCUGCCGAUAGCGAAGACAUAAGGGAGAGCGGAAACUCGGAUGAAAGGUACCAAAAUCGAGAAGUUCAAAAAUGUCAAUCUUCGCAGAUUAUUGUCCAUAUUUCCUACUAUGGUGGACAAUACAGCCGAUGAGCGUAUCGAAUACUUAGAAGGCAUCAAUUUGGGAUUUUCUUCCAAAAGACUCAACUGUUCUGUAGGUAUCUCGUCCAGACACUUCAAACUUCUCAUUUUUAUGAAGGAAGCUCAAGAAGACAAUGGACUCAUGGACCUUGGGAAUCAGUUUAAAUUAGUCAAUAUGUCGACAGUUAACAUUAAGUUGAAUUCGAUUUUGAUACCUUUGAGCGAUUUGUGCGGAACACAACAGAGUGAGUCAUUGCGAAAAGUCGCAAAUAAACUGAUCAUUUCAGUCUCUCACACCUUUUUCACGAUCUAUCGCGACCGUAAACUAUUCCUUGGGCCUAGACGUUUUCGCAACUAUUCGAAAAAUCGAGCUUCAAUUUCUGAACGACCUUCUCUUUCUAGUAGUUUGAGUGUGGAAAACUUCUACUACGAUGACUAUGACCGUAAGAAACGAUCCUUACAAAAAGACAGCGUUGAAUUAAGCUAGCGAUGCGCCUUCUCCCUGUGAGCAGCAAGUUUUACUGACUGAAGGGUCUCCAGUAAUGAGCGCUACAAUUUUGUAUAACGGACAGCAGAUUCACGCCGCUCCAACAGGAGAGACAAUGGCCAUUCUCCGAUUCGACAUUUCCAAAGUUCUGAUAAAAACUGAUUGAUUUUAUUUUAGUGAUUUUCAGCUUCAAAACCCUCUUCACGGUACUUUCCGAGUUACUUGGUGGGACAUUGAGAAGGAAACUUGGGCUGUGAAUCAGCCUUGUACUAUCAUAUCAGUUAAAGAUGGGAUUCUGGAAGCACGAUGCAUUCAUUUGACCGACUUCACACUCAUCGUGGUUAGUCUUUUCUUGGUUUCUCUCAUGAUUACUUUAGGAUGGCGCUCUUGACGACCCGAUCGUCUGUGAUAAGGCCUUGAAAAACGUCGGACUUACGGUGAAUGUGAUGUCUAUAGUUUCGUUUUCCUUCCUUUGCCUCAUCAGCUUUGGAGCUUAGUAAGUGGGACGAGUUGGAACUUAGAAAAUUAAUAUUUUACAGCGUCAAGUCUUUUUCAAGAACCAAGUUCUACUGGUUCCUUCAUGGAAACACACUGACAAAGCACGACAUUGUAUCCACGACCUAUAAUUUGGACAUGCUGACAUUUUACAUUUUCUUCGCUUUCUUUUCAAGUGAAUCGGUCGCCGGAUCAGAUUGCACUUAUUUUGCCGCUAUUCUAUACUUUCUACUUAUUUGGUGAGCAUCAUAAGCAAACUAGAUCUUUUUUCCGGUAUUUGCGUUUCGAGAUUUUUGGGGAAUCUUUUUAAAGUUAUUUUCCACUAUUCUAAAUUUUUCAAAGAUUUAAAAAAGACUUCUAUGACUUUUUUGUAAUAUCUAGCUUCUCACAAAAAGACUGUUAUGUUCCAGUUCGGUACUCCUGACAGUAUACCAAGGUCUGCGAGUGAUUCGCCCGUUCGUUCCCUUUUCCAUUCAACGUGCUUUCACAGUUAUUGUUGCUCCUCCAGCAGUCUUGACAGUGAGCAUAAGUUGAAAAAACUUCACUCACCAAAGAGAAACGAUAUGGUUACAGUCCCACCAUUAAUUCUCUCUUCAAUGUUGUUGAUCUUCACCAACUUCUUCGACCGCAACGACGGCUUCUGUUGGGUCAGACCAGACUACGUCGUCUACGCGAUCGUCGUCCCGAUCAGCAUUCUCCUUAUAAACGGAAUUAUCUGCACUACUUUCCUCGUUUACAAACUUUUCAUAAUUAGGACGAGAAAGUUUAGCAAAACGGUAAGACUCAAAAAUGAAAACAAAAAACUGCGAAACACUUCCAGUUGAACCACCAACAUGAUCCACACAUCAAAUCGAAGAUUAUUUCCAUGUUCUGUUUGCAAAUCUCGUUGGGGAUGCCGUGGGUGAGCUUUUUCAAAAGUUGAGAAAUCCCGGAACUAUUUCAGAUUCUGCAAUAUUUCACGCUCAAAUGGCCACACACAACUGCAUGGCAUUACAUUUUUUCAAUCAUAGUCGGAUCUCAAGGAACUAUGCACAUUCUGGUCUACUACUAUAUGAGACGAAAACGAGUCCAGGAUUCUCAGAGGGAAUCGCGAUUCACGGACAACAGCACCAGAAGAAGAGACGCUACCAAAGAAGGAUCUCAGUUCUCAAGACAGUGCAAAUAA